AUGGGAGGCGGAGACUUCAGGAACGCUGGUAGCGAGUCUCUUGGAGACACUGCCGCGACUCUUGACGAAGCAGGCAAGGGUCAGCUUCCCUUCCCUGCUAUGGAAGAGGUUAGUAAAGCUCUCGGGGAGGUCAGCAAGAGCAACCUUGUUCCGACGAAAGACGAAGUCACCAAAGGCAUUGAUGAGUCCGAACCCGAGAAAGUUGGUCCUUCACUCGGCGAAGGUGGAAAGGCAAUGGACCCCUUCGGCAAUGAUACAUCUCCUUUUCCUUCCUCCCGCCGGUACCCUUUCGACGAGAACGCAACGAGGGCGGAUGCAUACCGGUACUUGGAUCGUAUCAAGGCCGAGACCUUCUAUCCCGCCGAGCCGGAGGUAUUCAACCACUUUCUGGGCAUUAUGAAGGCUUCCAAGGAUGGACGAUUGGACACGCAAGGGGUUAUUAGGCAAGUGGAGGUGCUCUUUGCUGGAAAUUACACUCUUCUUGAAGGAUUUAAUGCGUUCCUGCCUCCGGGAUACCAUUGCGGAAGAGGAGAAUGGCAUUUUUGA